AGUCGCCAUUGUUCUCGUUCUCGGCCAUCGAAUUUGUGGAAAUAAACUCGAUUUCCUAUAAAUUCGUUGCAAUAAACACAAUAACCAGUUACAAAACACACAAUAGCAAUAGUGCAAGAGCAGUGCGCGUAAUUUAGUGAUACAUUUGAAGUAAUCAGACCGCGCAAGUCGAAGAAACAGUCAACGCAAAGCAGCCAGGCAAAGGCAGAAAUCGUAUCGAAUAUUUGUUCGUGGCAAAUAUAAAUUCUUGUGAAAAAGUCCCAAAAUGUCAUCUGUGAAUCCCGAAUACGAUUAUCUCUUCAAACUGUUGCUGAUUGGCGAUUCCGGCGUUGGAAAGUCCUGUCUGCUGCUGCGAUUUGCCGAUGACACAUAUACAGAAAGCUAUAUCAGCACAAUCGGUGUAGAUUUUAAAAUUAGAACCAUAGAGCUGGACGGAAAGACCAUUAAACUGCAAAUCUGGGAUACUGCUGGUCAGGAGCGCUUCCGUACCAUCACUUCUUCAUACUACCGUGGCGCACAUGGUAUCAUUGUUGUCUAUGACUGCACGGAUCAGGAGUCCUUUAACAAUGUGAAGCAAUGGCUCGAGGAAAUCGAACGAUAUGCUUGCGAGAAUGUCAACAAGCUGCUGGUGGGCAACAAGAGCGAUUUGACCACCAAAAAAGUUGUUGAUCAUACCACAGCCGCGGAGUAUGCAGCUCAGUUAGGCAUUCCAUUUCUUGAAACUUCGGCCAAGAGCGCCACCAACGUGGAGCAGGCCUUCAUGACGAUGGCGGCUGAGAUCAAGAAUCGCGUCGGGCCGCCAUCCAGUGCCACCGACAACGCUAGCAAAGUGAAAAUCGAUCAAGGACGUCCAGUGGAAAAACCCAAUUCUGGUUGCUGCUGAAUAACUCUGAUUGUGAAUCAUUAUUUUAUUAUACAAUUAAACAAAAUUUAAAUAUAAUAAAUUAAAACGGAAAACACACAA